AUGGCUGACACCAUUUAUGAGUGUAUACCUUGGAUAUUUUGCAUCUUGUCUACGAAACCUUACUACUCUGUGGUUCACAGUCCUCUGAGUGACUUCAACGACUUGUUUAUUUUGGAUGGAGACUUUGCACCAAUGGUUGAACUCGUGAAGCUCCGGAAGAAGUAUGGCUUUUUGUUAGUCUUAGAUAAUGCUCAUGGAACAUUUGUCUGUGGCAAAAGUGGUGGGGGAGUGGCCGAGGAAUUCAAUUGCGAAAGAGAUAUAGACAUAUGCAUUGGCACUCUGAGUAAUGCGGCAGGUUGUCAUGGUGGUUUCAUAGCAUGCAGCAAAAGGAGGAAGCAGUUCAUACAAUCUAGGGGUCGUUCUUUUAUAUUUUCAACUUCUGCAUCAAUUCUCAUUGCUGCUGCAGCACAUGAGAAUGGCUUUUUCUUGGAUGGGUUUAAGUAUUUUUAUCAAAUGCUUAAUUUUGGAGUCUUACCUGUUAUUUUUGCGUAUUCUGCAAUUAUGCAGACAUCUGUUGGUUUAAAAUGCAUUGACUUGGGUAGAAUGGAAGUUCAUGGGAUGGUUUUGAAGUCUGGUCAUGAUAUGAUGGUUAUUAGUGUUUGUAAUGCAAUUGCUGAUGCAUAUGCCAAAUGUGGAGCUCUUGAAUACGUAAAAAAGAUUUUUUACAGGAUGGAGGACAGAGAUAUGUUCUCAUGGACAACCCCGGUGACUGCUCACUCUCAAUGCUUGGAGUGGGAGGAAGCACUGGCUAUUUCUUCACAGAUGACAGAAGAAGGUUUUAGACCCAACCAGUUUACCUUUUCUAGUGUCCUGGUUUCUUGUUCUGGCCUUUGUUUUCUUGAGUAUGGACGGCAAAUUCAUGGUCUUUUGUGCAAGGCUGUUGGCACGGACAAGCGCAUAGAGAGUGCUCUGGUGGACAUGUAUGCAAAAUGUGGCAGUGUAAGUGAGGCAGAGAAAGUCUUUGAAAGGAUUUCUAACCCUGAUACUGUCUCAUGGACAGCUAUGAUAUCAAGUUAUGCUCAACAUGGUCUCUCAGAGGAUGCCCUUAGAGUCUUUAGAAAGAUGGAGCAACUGGGUAUGAAGCCUAAUUCUGUUACUUUACUUUGUGUUCUGUUUGCUUGCAGCCACGGAGGACUGGUAGAGCAAGGAUUAAUUUGUUUUCAACAAACGGAACAAAAUUAUGGUCUGGUGCCAGAGAUGGAACAUUAUGCUUGUAUUGUUGAUCUAUCUGGUCGUGUGGGUCGUUUGGAUGAUGCAAUGGAGUUUAUAAGAAAGAUGCCAAUCGAGCCCAACGAAAUGGUCUGGCAAACCUUGCUGGGAGCAUGCAGAGUUCACGGCAAUGUUGAGUUGGGUGAAAUUGCUGCAGAGAAGGUCCUUUCAGUUAGACCAGACUCAGCUACCUAUGUUCUAUUAUCGAACACGUAUAUUGAGAGUGGGAGUUUUGAAGAUAGCCUUACUCUUAGAGAAGUAAUGAAAGAGAAAGGUGUAAAAAAGGAACCAGGAUAUAGUUGGAUUUCUGUACAAGGUAAAGUCCACAAAUUCUAUGCAGGCGAUCAACAUCAUCCACAAAAAGGUGACAUCUUUGCCAAGUUAGAAGAGUUAAGGGAGAACGUUAAGUCCAUGGGUUAUAUACCAGACUUGAAUAUUGCUUUGUGA